CCGAGUCGGUGCGUUGUUCCGUCAGGGAAGGUGUUUCUAUUUUUUAAUAUACAUAUUGGAGUGGACGGUUUACUACUGAUACAGUUGGUUUUAGUCACCCCGCCGCGAACAAAUACUUAGCGGAAUGACAUUGUGCGAUAUGUAGAAUGUACCGUUUUGUGGUUUAACUAGAUCAUUUACAGAAACGGGGUCAUUGACAAGUUCGGAAGUGCACCGUGGUUCAGUGAGAAUGGAAUAAUUUGGAAAUGCUAAUCGUGAGAACUGAUAAAUAAGCAAUGGGUAAAAGGGUGUAUAGAUUUACAACAGGUGUUCUACUAUGAAUUGAAUUGUGCAAUCAAUUUUGUGUUUUCUAAACGAGUAUUCUAAACUUCGUUAAAGUGCAAACAGAACGAAACGAUGGAGAUCGUAAGCUUUAGUUCUGCCAGGCAAGACCUGAUAAUGAGCUGUGGCGCCGGAGUCAAGCCCAAACAGGUGCAUACCAACGGAACUCUGCGUUCGAUCAAACAACGAAGAAAUGCGAAAUUGCAGCAUCAGCAGAAACCGGAUUCUAAUCGUAUCAUCGUGAGUGCUGAGAUUAAUUAUGAUAAGUCGACUAGUUCAUGUGAUAGUGAUAGCAAUAAUAAUAGAAGCAGUAGUGUGUGCACUACAAACUGCAAUGGUAGCAGUAGUACCUGGUUGAAUAAAAGUGUAGAAUAUGGUAAAAGUGGAUCCAGCAUCAACUCCACUGGUGCGAAACCAGUGAACUUGACGUUGUCGAAGAUGUCGCUUCUGUGGAAUACCAGCGGUUGGAUACGAGUCUAUUGCGGUCCCGAUCGAAGUGAUGUAAGUCUAGAGGACCCCAGUCGGAUGAUACAUGUGGUCACAACCUCAACCACACUUGAUGUUGUGAAAGAUAUGAACCUGCCGAUGGAGUAUACGCUGUGGGUUCAAAUCGGCGGCUCAAAAACACGUAGGCUGGAGGAAAAUGAAUAUCCAUUGUUGGUGCAGGAAGAGUUUCUCAAAUCAUUGGGUUAUGUAGAUGAAUCCCGUAGGGGCCGUCUCGGCAUUGAUCCGGAGUUGAAGCAUUUGUUUCGUUUCCACAUCGGACCUUCGGAGAUUCCAAUGUGCAAGGGAGUGUUGCGGUCAGGGUCGGUGGAGAUUUUAAAAGGGCUGGUUUUUCCCCAGUGGAGAAAACGAUAUUUGGCGAUUGUAGGAAGCAAGCUAAUUGUAUUUCCAGCGAGCUUCGGCAUGUCACCGGAAGUGUACAACCUGACUGGAGCCGACAUCUUCGAGCACGCGCCGGACCACAAUCGUCUAAUCAUAAAAAUAGUGCCAAAGUCAUCUGAGAAUAGCAGCGGAAGCGACAUGAGAGAAAACCUUGGUCGGUUCUUGGACAGCACUAGCACCCCCCAUCUCUACCACAGUAACAGCAGCAUGCAGUCAAUCAACGAUCGUGAGACGGUUCUGUUUCUUGGAUUCGAAGAAUCCUGGGAACGUGACCUAUGGAGUGGUUGGUUUGCUGAGACGAAAAUUGAUGACACUGGAGAUGGAGAUACAAGGCGUUUGGAUCUCGGAGAAUCCGGUCUACAACAGAUUCCAGAAAUUUUCAUGCAAUCGUCGGCUAAUGUUGUGGAAUUGUUGGCAGGAAAGAACAAACUGCAGGAGUUAGCGCUGCGGGCAUUAGGGGAAUUUACUGAGCUGCGAGUGCUGAGGUUGAACAGCAAUGGGCUGAAAAGUUUUCCAGACAGCCUGUUCAAUCUGCGGAAUCUAACUCUGCUGGAUUUGGAAGAAAACGAAAUCAGAAAACUACCGGAAAGGAUAGCUCUGUUGAUGUGUUUGGAGGAGUUGAUACUCGAAAAGAAUGAACUGCUAGAAUUGCCAAAUUCCUUGCAUAGGUUGACCAAUUUGAGGAUUUUGAAUGUAGCUUACAACCAAUUAGAAAGAUUGCCUUCAUUCAUGGUGAACAACAUGCGACCUACGGGUAUUUUCCAGAGAAAUGAUUCUCUCCGGAGCAGUAGUAGGAGGGAUUCGCUGGAAAAGGAUGAUUACAAGAUCGACGCCACCUUGACAAAGGUUAAUCUUCGAGGAAAUCAGUUAAAGGGCAGCAUCAUUCUAGGCAAUUAUGGGCUUCUAACCCAACUUGAUGUCAGUGAGAACUCGAUAGAGGUUAUGGACCUCUCGGCUUUAGAUAAGUUAGAGACUAUACAGUGUUGCAGAAACAACUUGGUCGAGCUGACACUGAACGGUCGUCAUUUGCACUCGUUGAUUGCCGGAAAUAAUAAUCUUACCAAAAUAUCGGUUAGGGCAACCCCAACGAAUCUCAAACACAUCGAUAUCAGCUUCAACUGUCUUCGUGAGCUUCCAGAGUGGCUGGUCGGUUGCCAUCAACUUCGAACUCUGUACGCUAACAAUAAUCAGCUCAAUGUGAUAUCGGAACAUCUACUCAACAACGAACAUGCGAAAAUUAUGACCCUUCACUUGGCAUACAACAAUCUAACAAGCUUUCCACCUAUGGUUAAGCGUAAGCUGCCGCUUCAGAAACUUUACCUCCAAUGUAACGCCAUCGAAGACCUUCCGGAAAACUUUUUUAUUGCCUGUGAAAGACUCACCAUACUGAACAUAUCUAGUAACAAGCUGAUGACUCUACCCAUUAUCUUCGGAACAAAUUGCAACUUGGAAAGGCUUUACGCUACACAUAACAGCCUCUCGGAUCGUGUUCUCGAUUCUUUGAUAUGCCUCACGCGGUUAAAAAUUCUUCACCUAGGUUACAAUCUGCUUACGACGCUGCCGGAAACCUGCAUAACCUGUUGGGGAGAGUUGGAAGAGCUAGUGAUAUCGGGCAACAAACUGAGACAUUUGCCAGAAAAUCUAACAACUCUUCAUACAUUGCGCGUUUUAAGAGUCCACUCAAAUCAGCUGCAAACGGUGCCAGCGCUAGCCAAGAGCACCAGUCUCCGUGUUUUGGAUCUUGCACACAAUCAGUUGGAUAAGAUUAACAUGGUGUCUAUUGUAUCAAAACAACUGCAAUUUUUGGAUCUCUCGAGCAACAGUCAACUGCAAGUGGAUCCCUACCAAUUACAGGCUUGCCGAUCACAGCGACCGAUGAGUUUGGUGGAUGUCUCCGGCAAAAACAGACCAUCACUUCCCUCUGCUCCUGGUUCUUAUCAGGAGAAUGACGAAUAUGAACCCUGCUGGAAAGUGGGCUUCACCGAGACUCCAGGUUGUUUACCGAAGCUAUCCAUUGCGCAGUUGCGGUUACCGGGUUUUUGCAAUUCGGAGGGCUUGUUUGGUAUGUUUGACGGUGAAGUUAGCAAUGUUAUUCCAAGGAUGCUGAUCAAGUCGAUUCCGAAAAUUUUACUGGAGGAACGAACUGUAAAGGAAACGGCAAACGAUUACAUGAAGUACACACUGCUUUCGGCUCAUCGAGAACUGAAACAGCUUGGUCAAAACGAGGCUGUCAAUGCGAUAUUGUGUCACAUAUCGAGAAGUAAAGUUCCAAGUGAAGUGAUGAGUUAUUUGCCACAGGCAGCCAAUGGUAGGAAGUUCAUAUUGCGGGUAGCUUCAGUUGGUGAAAGUUUGGCGGUAUUAAUAAAACAUAAUCGCUGUGUUAAGCUGACAACUGGAAAUCCCCGUCGACGCCUGGGAUUGAGUGCUAACUUUCCUGUGAUGUUACCGGAUCCGGAGAUAAAUGAGGUGGUGCUAAGUGAAGCGGAUGAGUAUCUGGUGAUAGCAAACAAAAAACUAUGGGAUGUGAUAACAAUGGAAACGGUUGCUGAGGAAAUUCGUAAGGAAGAGAAUAUUUUACUCGCUGCCAAGCGAGUUCAAGAUAUUGCCCAGAGCUACGGUGCAGAAGAGAAUAUCAGUAUUAUAAUCGUGAAAUUCAACAACCUGGGAACAGAUAUUGAUUUCCUAAUGCGAGAGUUAAGACAAACGAUACGCAAAAAACCUUUGAGUGCGGGUGGUGUGAUAUCAGGGUUUUGCAAAUGUGGUUGCUGCUGUGAAUCUAACAACAAUUGUUGUCAUUCUGGUGCAUCUAGUGCAUUUUCGAGGCACCCAUCAGGAAGAAGCGAUAGAUCAUCGCCAAGUGGCCAAAGUGAUCAAACGUCAGGUAGCGAAACACACCUGAACGGAGCGAAACCAAAAUAUUUAGAUGUUACUACGUCUAACGGUAGAAAAUCUAAUGCCUAUCUGACGAAUGAGCGAAGGAGUUUAAGAGGAGGCGUGGUUCGGGCUGUUCGCGCGAGGAUCGAAGAGGAGAAAGAGCGUGAGGUUGAGGAAUCUGAUUCUGCCAUGUCCGAGGAGCAGUUCAAAUGUUGGGAGUACAUGCUUGAGCAAAAUACCCAACUUCUUUUCGAUAAAGAGCUAAAUACCAUUUCGAGGGCUUUCACAAAACGGCCGCAGACAAAUUUGACCAGACCGCAGAUGAGAUCUUUGUCUUCGAGCUCCCCGCAGCUUGCUUUAGAAACAAAUGGCGGAAUAAACUCUGUUUUGGAUGGGUAUAACACGAUCGGAAAUACACAACGAACAACGGUUCCUUUCCUUUCGAAGCACUUUGGGAGCACGAGAUCAUUUCAACCGUCGUCCUCCCAAAAUUUCUUCAAGCCUAUUCGUUACAAUACAACUCGACCGCAACCAAUCAAUACUGGUCCGAAUGCAGCGUACUUUGGAUCAUUGCAACGGCUUAUGCCCUACAACCUGGAGUAUGAUUUUUCCGCUUUGCAGGAAAGGUAUGAUGCCAACAUUGAGGGCAGUGCUAUAGAGCUGGACACGGUUGAUCCGGAUGGGGGCCGCAUGCAGCAAUACUGGGGUGUUGCAACGACAGAACUGUGAGAUUAUCCAUUCGUAACAACUGAACUGUGGUAAAUGAACGGAGACGGGAAUGUAUUCAUU